ACACCCACGCAACGAUGCACACGCGCAGCAAAAACAGUACAUGCGACGAUGGUCCCUCCAUUCUACGGGAAGCCAGAAACGAUGGCUGAGCGCUUCUUCCUGCUGUUGUUCGUUCCACUGUCUGUAAGUUUUGGCAAAGAGUUCCGAGUGGUCCAGAACAAGACCCAGUUCAUAAACCCAGACGGUUCUGUGACAAUCAGCUGUGAGCUCCAUGACUCAGUGGAGACCUGGGUGAUGCAAGGCUCUCUCAAAUGGAAUGGCUCAACAGUCUGUCUGCCGUCACCGGAGCAUUCAAACGAGUGCGCCUGGAGAAACAGUUCGCUUCCUCACUACCAGUUCACCCUCUUUAACCCACGACAGGACAGUGAGGUUGCAUAUGUAUGCGAAUUCAGAAGGAUGAUUCCCCCUCCUGUACAAAUAAAACAGGGGGCAGGCACUAAGCUGGUCUCAGCACCAUCGCAGCCGUGCGCCACUGCAGCCACAGGACCGCAUUGCCCAGAGCCCGGGCCGCUAAACUGGGUACUGAUGGGCCUGGCUGGCUUCCUGCUUCUCUGCUUCCUGGCUGUCACCUGCGCUUACAUAAGGCUGAAGGUCCAGCAGGAAAAAGAAAUGGAUGGUUCACUGACAUACGUCCCUAUGCAGCCUCCCCAGUCCCACACGGGAAACAUGAGGAAUGGUGACCCUGAAAGCAACACCACCUACAUGGACAUGCGCAAAAUGCAGUUGCCAGGCAGGAUAUCACGAAGAGACAUGAACUACAAUUCCCACCAGAUGAAAUGCUGAUAUCUCAAGAUAUGAACUACAAUUCCCAGUAAGCCUUUACCUCCAAGAGUGACAGGAUAUCUGCCAAAGAAUAUGGAUUACGUGACAAGAGUUCAUCCCUCUGACACUUCAGAUUUCAAGCAUCAAUAAGAAAUACCAUUCCUUUACACUUACACAAUUCAAGCAGUAUUCAUUUCUGACUGAACCAUUGGGAAUUAGUAGAGCUUGUCAAACCAGCAUUGUUUUCAUACCUUUUUUAUACCAUACCAUUUUUUUAAGUUCCAAAAGGAAUAUAUUCACACGUACCACUUAUUCAAAAAAAAAAAGAA